AUGCCGGUCCGUGCUGAGAACGUGGGCAUCAAAGCCAUCGAAAUCUACAUUCCGAGCAGAUGCAUCAAGCAAGAUGAUCUCGAAAAAUUCAUGGGCGUCAGCCCUGGCAAGUUUACCAAGGGCUUGGGGCAGACGAAGAUGAGUUUCUGUGAUGAUCGGGAAGACAUGUACUCGCUAGCCUUGACGGCCGUUUCAUCGCUGAUGCGCAAGUACGACAUCGACCCAAUGUCCAUUGGCCGUCUCGAAGUGGGAACCGAGACUCUGAUGGACAAGUCCAAGUCCUGCAAGUCAGUCCUGAUGCAGCUUUUCCCGAACGGCGACAUUGAGGGCGUCGACACAUACAACGCAUGCUACGGCGGCACCAAUGCACUGUUCAACGCCGUCAACUGGGUCGAAUCGUCUGCCUGGGACGGGCGCGAUGCCAUCGUCGUCGCCGGGGACAUUGCGCUAUAUGCCGAGCCCAGUGCCCGGCCCACCGGUGGCGCCGGUUGUGUGGCCAUGCUCGUCGGGCCAGAUGCGCCGCUGGUGCUCGAGCAAGGCACGCGCGCCUCCUUCAUGAAGCACACGUAUGACUUCUACAAGGCCGACUUCAGCGCCGAGUACCCCAUCAUCGAUGGCAAGCACUCAAUCGACUGCUACCUCGAGGCUCUCGACGCGUGCUACCGCACGUACCAAGCAAAGAAGAAGGCCUCCGAAUCCACCCUCGGCCACGGCACCAUCCAAAACGGCGUGCACGCGAACGGUGCCCAUGCCAACGGCACCCACACCAAAGGAGCGGUGACCAACGGCGCGUCCGCCAACGGCACCCACACGAACGGAACGUCCUCCAACGGGACCCUCCACGCCAACGGCACCCACACCAACGGCGCCCUCCACACCAACGGCACCGCAGCCGCCCCGCCGCCCCUCCCGCUCGACACCUUCGACUACAUGGUCUUCCACGCCCCAACCUGCAAGCUCGUCGCCAAGUCAUACGCGCGACUCCUGCACAACGACCACCUCGCGCAGCCGACGCACCCGGCGUUCUCCGCCAUCGCCUCGCAACUGGAAAACAGCUCCGACCCAGCCUGGACGCGCGCGCGCGAGACGGCCUUCAUGGGGCUCUCGGCGGAGCGCUUCGCGGCGCGGGUGGCGCCGGGGACGGUGGUGCCGGCCAACUGCGGGAACAUGUACACGGCGAGCGUGUACGGCGGGCUGGCGGGGCUGGUGGGGAGCGUGGCGGGCGGGGAGUUGAUGGGGAAAAGGAUCGGGGUCUUCAGUUAUGGGAGCGGGAUGGCGAGUUCGAUGUUUGGGGUGAGGGUGAGGGGGCAGGUGGCGGGGAUGGCGGAGAGGCUGGCCAUCGGGGAGAGGUUGGAGGCGAGGAGGGUGGUUCGGGUCGAGGAGUAUGAGAAGGCGUGCGCCUUGCGGGAGGAGAGCUAUCAGAAGCCGGGUCGGGAGCCGGCGGGGGAUGUUGAGUCACUGCUGCCUGGCACGUAUUACUUGGCGCACGUGGAUGAGAAGUUUCAGCGUACGUACCAGGUCAGGUAG